CACCUACUAAUACACCAAGUUGUACUUACUACUUUUCCACUUUUUAAUUAUUAUGUCAAUAAUCAACGUUGGUCUGUUAUGUAAUUAUGUAACGAGAUUACUUUCAGACUACAGUUCAGUUUUAAACUAUUCUAAUAAUGCAUAAAUAUUCUAUUAAAUUUUAUAGUUUGAGAAAUUUGUGAAAUCAAUAAAAUUUCUGUCAAAUGCAAUUGAUUUUCAAACAUUUAAUUUUGAGCUGAGUAGUAUUAUAGCAUAAUAUAUACCUAAAAAAUUUCUUAACAUUUUUUAUAGUAGAAAUAUAGUACAAAUAUGUUGAUCUCUAAUAUAUUAACUGCAAUUUAUUCUAUGGUUUUUAUUGUAUCUACUAUUCUACUAAAAGACGUACAUUCAUCAAGAGUAUUGGAACUUAGUGAUGGGUUCAUCGAAAUGAAAAAUGAUGGACAUUGGUUUAUACUGUUUUAUGCUCCGUGGUGUGGCCAUUGUAAGAGAUUAGAGCCUAUUUGGCGACAUGUUGCUCAAGCAUUACACCACUCUGAUAUAAGAGUUGGAAAAAUAGAUUGUACUAGAUACAAAAGAGUAGUUUCAGAGUUUGGAUUGACGGGGUAUCCUACAAUAAUGUUCUUUAGAGAUAGAGAAGGUGAAUUUAAAUUUAAUAGUGAACGAUCUACAGAAGAAAUGGUUCAUUUUGCAAAGCGAUUAGCUCGUCCUCCUGUUCAAGAGGUCACCGAUAGUAAAGACAUUGAAAUGCUCAAACAAACUUAUAAAAACUUCUUUAUGUAUAUUGGAAAAAGUGUUGGCCAUACUUGGGACCUAUAUUUUGAUUUGGCAAAACAGUAUCAAGCCCAUUCUUAUUUUUAUAUUACUCCUGAAAUAACUGGAAAACAGCAUUUUGUUUUUGGAGAAACUCCUGCAAUUGUUGUGUAUAAAGAGGAACAACACUACUCUUUCAAUGCUGAAGAAUGGGAUAUGGACUUCAAUACAAGCUUAACACAAUGGAUAAACACCGAGAGAUUUGAUACUUUUGUAAAAGUAACUCGAUCAAAUAUUCACCAUAUGUUGGAGACCAACAAGUAUUUAGUUUUAGCAUUAGUGGAAGAGAAUAAAAUUGAAAAGUUACCUCCACACCAUUCAGAGUUUCUUCAAAUGGUAGAAUCAGUGAUUGUUAAGAAUAGAGAACGUUUUCAUAGGGACUUUCAAUUUGGAUGGAUUGGUUCACCAGAUUUUGCCAAUUCUAUUAUAUCAUCAGAUGUAACCUUGCCAUCAUUAAUAAUUUACAAUUCAUCUACUAGACAUCAUCAUUUUCCAGAAGAAAAACCACAUGAACUAUCACCAGAAUCAAUUACUUUAUUUUUAGAAGCUGUUAGAAAUCAAUCAGUAAAGGCUUAUGGAGGAAGUGGUGUAUUUAUACAAAUGUAUAGAAUGUAUUAUGAGACUAAGAAGUCCUUAGUAAAUAUUUGGGUCAGUAAUCCUGCAGUCGCUAGCGUUUUAUUUGGAUUACCUUUAGGCUUCUUGCUACUAAUAUGCUAUUCUACAUGUUGCACAGACAUUAUGGAUGCCAGUGAUGAUGAUGAUGAUGAUGUACAUCACGAGAAAAAAGAAUAAGGUACUCAUUCAAAAACAUACAUUUAUUAACAGCUGUUAAUAUGUUGAACAAAUAUUUAAAAACAAUAAAUGACACAUAAAAUAACUAGUUAUAUACAUAUUGUUCAUGUUUAUAUAUGUACACAUACAAAAUAAUUUAAAAAAAAUAGCUAAGAUUAUAUUAAGUUUCAGUAUCUAUAUAAAUCCUACUAAUUAUAUAGUAUAUACAUUAAUUCUAUUGGCUAUUUUACUAUUUAAUCAAUUCUGUAUAAUAUACUAUGAUCUACUACACAUAAUUUAAUAAUAGAUUAUGAAUUUAAUAUUUUCCAACUUUGAGUGAAUGUUGAAUUUUGUUUUAAAUUAAGAUGCUAUAAAUUAUUUUAUUUUUAUCAUAAUUUUGUGACCACAAUGGCAUUUCAAUACUGUAGCUUAUUUUUUAAUGUAAACUCUAUCUUUAAGUUUGCUUAAAAGUGUUAAAUAUAAAUGUAUUAUAAAUAUACUUCUAUUGUGCUUAGUUUAUAUCACAUUAUUAAUUUUUAAACUUUCCAAGUUAUUAAUAUUAAUUAUAUUAGACUUAUUGUUGGUUACUAAAAACUUUGGUUAGUAUAUCAAAUAAAAUAAUCUUUUUAAAUAUAUUAAAAAUAAAAAUAAAAUAAAAGACUGAGUCAAAAUUUUGAUUAAAAUAAUAAUGAUUAAUUUAAAUUAUUCAAAAUAUCCUAGUUGUAGAAGAGAGAAGAAGUAGGAACAACAAUUAUAAUUUAUUACUCAUCAUUAAUAUUUCAAUUAAUUUAAAAUUAAAUAAUUAUUAAUUUUAUUAAUUUUAAACCGAAUUAUAAAUUAAAUAAGUAUAAUAUAUCUGUAUUUUAUGUCAACCAUUCAAUAAGUCCAUAAAAAUCAUUAACUUUAACUAUUUUAGCAAAUUUAUAGCAAUGAUAAUAUAUAAUAUAUUAUGGAUGUAUCACGCUAUGUUAAUUUUUCUUGUAGAUUAAUAACUAAAAUACAUUUGCCUAAAAAAUGUAUUCUAUACUGUAUUGCUACUUAAAAAUGUUUAUUUUAUCUAGUCAAUUUUGUAUUAUUUAUUUUAUUCUUUGUUUCUAUGUGUAAACACUUAAUUUUGUUGUAAGUUUAUUAGUUUUAAUUUAUAACCUUUGAUUAUUAUAUAAGAAAUACUAGUACAUUAUAUUCCAAAAUAAAUUUAAACUUGGUGGGUGAAAUCUUAA